AUACUCCGUGAUAAGAGACUAGAAGUUGAGACGUUACGACAGCGAUUCCAGAAUGGGUUGGAUAAGUUGAGCGAGGCUGGGCAAGCGGUCGCUGUGAUGGAGACGGAGUUGGUGGCCAUGCAACCUGUGUUGGAGAAAACGUCUAAGGAGGUGGCAGAGAUGAUGGUUGUUAUCACAGAGGAUAAGGCUAAAGCGGCUAUCACACAGGAAGCUGUGGCUAAGCAGGAGAAGGAGGCGUCAGCGCAGGCAGCGGUCGCUCAAGAGAUCAAGGAUGAUGCUCAGAAGGAUCUGGACGAGGCCCUGCCGGCCUUGGAAGUGGCUGUGCAGUGCUUGAAGAGUCUCAAGCUCAGUCACAUUCAGGAGGUGAAAGCACUGGCUAAUCCACCGGGCGGAGUUAAACUCACUUUGGAAGCGAUAU